UGGACGAUCUGAUCGAGGAGGCCAAGGUGCGCACCGUGGCCUGGGCUCUCGGCAUCUUCGCCAUCUCCUACUUCCUCACACAUACAAGUAAAUCAAUGUGGACAAAUGUCCCCAUGUCGAUUCUUAUACUUGCAUUUCUCCGUUACGUCUCCUUCAAAGUGGAGUUCCGUUGGAGAAGUCAGCCUGUAUCUAAGCAGACAUAUUUGUCUCAAGCGUCAAAACGACAGUUGUCUGCUAACGAUCAUCGGAUUUCAACUGUGCCACCAGUUUCAAGAUGGAGAAGGAAAGUUGAUUCGCCUGCUGUUGAGGCUGCUUUUGAAAGUUUCAUUGAUAAUGUUCUCCGGGACUUUGUCAUGGACUUGUGGUAUUCUGAUAUUACUCCUGAUAGAGAGGCCCCAGAACUGAUACGUGGCUUAAUACUCCAUGCCCUUGGUGAAGUAUCAGGCAGGGCAAAGGAGAUGAACCUAGUUGACUUGCUAACAAGGGAUAUGUCUGAUUUGAUUGGAAAACAUGUGGAUAUGUUCCGAAAAAACCAGUCUGAAAUUGGUGUUGAUGUCAUGGGAACAUUGUCUUCCGAGGAAAGAGAUGAGCGACUGAAACAACACCUAAUAGUUUCACAGGAACUUCACCCUGCAUUGUUAUCUUCGGAGCACGAAUACAAGGUUCUUCAAGAACUAGUUGGGGGCAUUAUGGCCCUAGUGUUGAGACCACAAGAUGCACAGAGUCCAUUGGUUCGCUGCUUCUCCAGGGAACUUCUGACUUGCUUAGUCUUGCAGCCAGUGAUGAACUUCGCAAGUCCUAUUUAUGUGAACGAGCUAAUUAUCUACUUUCUAAACAACAAAGACACAAACAUUGGAGGCAGCGUAAACAAGACUAGUACUGUAGUCACAGUAACAAAUGAUCAUUCAUCUUAUAAAGGAGGUUCGCAGGGUCAUCAAAUGGAAUCACAAAAGUUGUCUGCAGAAUCAAGUGGCUCAGUACUAGCAAGUAGCUCCGGGCUGACUUCCCUUGAGGGCGAUAAGUCAAAAGUGUUAGUGGAUGACCAUGGGAAGACCGUCCAGCCUCGUCAGGCAGAUUGGGCACUGGUAUUAGAUGCAGCUACUAAAAGGCGGUCUCAGGUUCUUGCUCCGGAGAAUCUUGAGAACAUGUGGGCUAUUGGGAGAAACUACCAAAAGAAUAUGGUGAAAGUGGAACGUCCAUCAAAAAAAGGAAAAGGUGCAGGAGGGAUAGAUAGCGUUCGAAAUGCAGUAGUGGCCGGAAAAGAGUUAUCCCCUAACUUCAACGAGAGAGUUACAUCGGUUGAUGACAAAUACAUGGUUAAUUUGAUGCAAGGUUCAAAUAGGAAUGCUCAGUCCACUUUUGUCACAGGCAGUCACCCACUUGUUUCGCAAAAUACAGAUGAAGUAAAGUCAGAGCACCCUGAAGCUGUCAAGAACACAAAAGCUCAGCUAAAGCGGUCUAAUAGUAGUCCUGAUAUGGAGAAAAGACAUUUGGCCAAAAGUAAUCAAACCGCGCUAUCCAGUGAAAGCUUAAAUUCAAGGACCAUUCAAGAGGACAAAGGUUCUGUUCCUUCCUCACAUGGUGAGGUACUAAUGUAUGCUCCAAAGAUAAGGUGUCGGGUAGUGGGUGCAUAUUUUGAGAAACUUGGUUCAAAAUCUUUUGCAGUUUAUUCUAUUGCUGUGACUGGUGCAGAUAACAAGGCCUGGUUUGUGAAAAGAAGAUACCGGAAUUUUGAGCGUCUUCAUAGACAACUGAAGGAAAUACCAAAUUACUCACUGCACUUGCCUCCAAAGAGUUUCCUUUCGUCUAGUAUUGAUGAUUACCUUGUGCACCAACGAUGCAUUCUACUGGACAGAUAUCUUCAAGAUCUCUUGUCGAUCGCUAAUAUUGCAGAGCAGCAUGAAGUUUGGGAUUUUCUUAGUGAGUCCUCAAAGAAUUACUCAGCUGGAAAGUCCACCUCUGUUAUCAAAACCUUGGCUGUUAACGUUGAUGAUGCCAUGGAUGACAUCGUUCGACAUGUUAAAGGAGUUUCAGAUGGUCUAAAACGCGCAGUCGGCACAUCGUCCCCUAGCGCGCCGUAUUCACACUUGACAGAUAAUAGGAUGUCUCUAUCUUGGAACCAGGAAGAGACAGAUAAUCAGAAUCUGCAGAAUAGAAAUUUGGGAAGUUCACAUAGUCUCUCUGAUGGUGAUAGUAACUGUGAAGACCGCCCCUCAUCUGUAAAUAGUGCAUGCCACUCGGACAAUGAAUUGAGCAAUGGAGGGUACAUUUCAAGUGAUAUUAAGCACAAUGAAGCAACUGGUUGUGAUGCACAAGUAAACCAACAAAUAGAACCUGCAAGGGCAAUUUCGGAUUCUACAAACAUGUCAUCUGUAAAACCAUUUGAGGAUCCAUCAGGAAUUCCUCCCGAGUGGGUGCCAACAAAUGUCAGUGUGCCUCUAUUGAAUCUUGUAGACAAAGUGUUCCAACUAAAGCGACGGGGUUGGAUAAGAAAACAAGUUUUCUGGAUAUCAAAACAAAUCUUGCAGUUAGUCAUGGAAGAUGCGAUUGAUGAUUGGAUUUUAAGACAGAUCAAUUGGCUCCGACGAGAUGAGGUCAUUAUACAAGGAAUCCGUUGGAUUCAAGAUACCCUCUGGCCUAAUGGUGUAUUCUUCACCAAGUUGGAUGGAUAUCAAGGAAAUGCAGGUAGCAGUCAAUUUGACAAGCACCCAUCGGGGAGUGGCGAUGAGACUAUUGGCAACAGAAAGAGCAACACGAGCUCUUUUGAGCUUCAACUGGAGGCAUCUAGAAAUGCCAGUGAAGUUAAGAAACUUCUUUUAGGUGGGACUCCAUCUACAUUAGUCAGCAUAAUUGGGUACAAGCAGUACCAGCGCAGUGCAAGGGACAUCUACUACUUCUUGCAGUCCACCGUGUGCGUGAAGCAGCUCACUUACGCGAUGAUAGAACAGGUGCUCGUGACACUUUUCCCAGAGCUUCAUAAGCUCAUAGAAGGCAUCCAUGAGAAGGGUCGCAAGGAACAAGCCUCGUUCAUAUACCAACUUUGACUGAAAUGGUGAGAGGCCAUCUUGAUACACCUUUUAAAUUCUAAGCCCGCGUCGGUGACGACGUAGCAUGAGGCUCCCUGGGCCGCAGUUUUGCCCGAAUGGAUUUUGACAGCAGAGCUGGAUCCAGGAGGUAUGUAAAUUAGGCACCCGAUGCGAUCUAGAGCGAGGAGUUUGAGUUCAGAGUUGUACUACUAGGAAUAGUAUUGUACCACAUCAUUCAUUGAUUUUUUUUUCCGUUUUGCCUAGGCCGAAAUUAUUCGCUUAGACCGAGGCUUGUAAGUUGUGCAGAGAUUCAAUUGUAUAGCUGUACCAUUUUGCCGCA